AGUACGUCAUUGAUUUUAAAGCAGGAAAUCAUCGCACAGGGUUACUUGCAGGAGAAGGAGGGUCGAGAUCGCUUUUGGCGUAGUUUGCCUUUUUCCUCUUGCCUGCGCUUCUUGAAUUUGUUCCUCGGCUUCGCUCCACAUUUAAGCGAGAUGUCUCUAUAUCCUUCUCUUGAGGACCUGAAGGUCGACAAGGUCAUGAAGGCACAGGCAAGUUUUGCCGCGAAGACAUCCUCCCCAGCCAUCACAGAGGGGGCUCCCGAGGAGAUGCCUGCCGGCCUGGGGGCUCCGAGCUCAGUUCUGUAUCCGGACCUGCAGGAGCUGGGCGAGUACAUGGGGCUGAGACUGAACAGCGACGAGGUGCGGAAUAACAUGGCCCUGGUCCCGGCAGCGGACAACCAAGUGGCCACGGCGCCCUCGGCUAUGGGCGGUAUGGUGUGCCCCGUGACGGGCGGCGACGUGGGGGUGCGACGCGCCGAGAUCAAGCAGGGCCUGAGGGAGGUCAUCCUGUGUAAGGACCAGGAUGGCAAAAUGGGCCUGAGGCUGCGCUCCAUCGACAACGGCGUGUUUAUCCAGCUGGUCCAGGCCAACUCUCCUGCCGCGCUGGCUGGCCUGCGAUUCGGAGACCAGGUCCUGCAGAUCAACGGGCAGAACUGCGCAGGCUGGAGCCAAGACACGGCACACAAGAUGCUGAAGGUCGCCGCCGAGGACAGGAUUGAGCUCAUCGUGCGAGACAGGCCUUUCCAGCGCACCAUCACCAUGCACAAGGACAGCUCGGGGCACGUGGGCUUCAUCUUCAAGAACGGCAAGGUCACCUCCAUCGUGAAGGACAGCUCGGCCGCCCGCAACGGCCUCCUGACCGAGCACAACAUCUGCGAGAUCAACGGGCAGAACGUCAUUGGGCUGAAGGACCCUCAGAUUAAGGAUAUUUUGACCGCGUCCUCCAGUGCUAUCACCAUCACCGUCAUGCCUAAAAUCAUCUUUGAGCACAUGGUGAAACGAAUGUCUGCAGGUCUGAUAAAAUCAGUGAUGGACCACUCCAUCCCUGAAGUGUGAGGAGAAGCCCAGGAGCCUCAUCCACCAAGACAUCCGAGGGGCUAUCCAGGUGCUCCAGCUCCCACUCCCUGCUGUGUUCAACCACAGUCCCAACCCUAAUAUCUUCCAAGUUACAUUUCUGUUCUGAAUGUUCUAGAUUUGAUUUUUAGCUGCUUCAUUUUUUAUACACACAGGCGUAGAUGAUAGUCGAAUAUUCCUUCCAGCAAAUGAUUAUUUUAUUAUACCACGGUGUCCAAAGUUUUGAGCCUUUAUCCAUGUUAUUUUGAACACCCAUGCAUUGCUGUUCAACCUUCUGCCGAUCCGAGGCGUCUGUGCUGGAUGGAAAAUGUGCUGGCUGUGUGGUGAAAUGGCUGUGCAGUCACGCAGGCUUGAGAUUAGGAACCUGUAAGAUUAAUGAUUUGUCUAGUCUCAUUGCACAGUGUUCUAGCAACACAUGUAGGUAACCCCUGGCUGAAAAAUGUUAAAUAGCCUUUUCAUCCUGGAGAUAGACUUCGUAUGCUAAUUACAAGUGAAUAACAUUUAUUCUAUUCAUUGUUUCAGGAACUGUAAACCCAGUGUUACGUAUAUUUGGAAAUGUUUUUAGAUUUUGUGUAACCACUGAUGGCUACACAGGGAUGGGAUUUUCUGACAUGCUGUUAUACUUUACUUUGUAUUAAAAUUUCUUGAUUUCUAUUCAACUUUAAAAGAAUAAACAUCUUUCAAAACUGUU